CGUCAUUUGGCUUGUUUUCUCCCAAGUUGUGAAUCCUUGGGGUCUUGAGUCAGAGGCCGUUUUUGUGGUGAUUGUCAGAUCUUUGCCUAAUCUGCUGUUCUGGUGCCAUUGGCAGGGCGCAGGCUUGGAGGUUGGCAGAUGAGGGGUCUUCUGGAUGCCCCGCCAAGCAGCACUCAUUGCACAGUACCUUACUGUCAUCGACUCUCUCUUCUAUUCCCAAGCAGACAUCCUGUUACGCGGUUCAAGCUUCAAUUUAUCUUCAUGAUCCAUUCAACUGAUAUCGCGAUUCACCAUAAGCUAUUCACCAUCAUGGCCAGACCCGAAUACCAGCCUGUGUCUCGAAACAAUGUCGACCAAAUUCCACUCGUCGAGCCGGGCGCUUCGGCCGGCGACGAAGCAUCCGACUCUGACCUGGAAAACGACAUCGCCAUCAGCGAAAGCGAAUUAAAGCGCGACCAUAUUCCCAGGCGAACCCUCAUUCGAGUCCUGGCAGCUAAUGGGGUCAUCCAAAUACCAAUCUGGGGCUUUGCAAUUAGCUACGGAGUAUUAGAGGAAUAUUACUUCAACAACUGGACUCUCCAGGGAAACAAGGACAUCACAGGCGCGAUCGGAACAACUGCCAAUGGCAUCAUGUACCUCUCCAUGCCCUUCCUUUUCGCCCUGUUCACGAGACGAUGGGCGUACCGGCGUCAAGAGGCUGCUUUUUGCGGUGCCCUCAUUGCAUCCAUCAGUUUCUUCCUUUCAACGUUCAGCACCAACGUCUGGCAUCUGCUCGUCACGCAGGGUAUCACCUCAGCGUUUGGAUGCGCCUUAAUCUACAGCCCCAUCACCCUUUCCUUGGGUGAAUGGUACACCACCAGCAACCGAUCCGUAGCGUACGGACUGGUCUUGUCGUGCAAGAACAUCGUUGGAACUCUUGGUCCAUUCCUGUUUAAAGCUUCACUGGAUACUUGGGGCUUCCGGACAACUAUGACUGCUUGGUCGGUGUUCGUCGGCGCUGCGAGCAUUCUCAGUAUCAGCCUUGUUCCUAUCCCGCCAUCAAGAAUUGCCAUGCACAAGACACCAGAGAGGAACAUCCCUUGGGACUUUCUCAAACACCCUGCUAUAUACUUCUAUAGUAUCGCAGUCUUUUUCCAAGGCACUGGCUAUGGUUUACCCCAGACGUACCUUGGCACUUAUGCGCAAGAUUUUAGUCUCCUGUCCGAGACAAUGGCAACUACUGUCUUGGCUCUACAGAACGCCGUUGGGAUCCUUGCAUCUGCUUUCUUCGGAUGGCUAAGCGACAACAAGCAAAUUGUGCUGUCAGCGCAGACUGUGUCUGCGAUUCCAUGUGUAACGAGCGGACUAGCCGUAUUCCUCUUUUGGGGAAACACUACACAAGGAGGUGUCUUUCUCUUGGUUCUCUUCUCCAUCACGUUUGGCUUCUUCUCAAGUGGCUACAGUGCUACUUGGGGAGGUAUCCUCAAGCAAAUGGAGAAUGACUCGGCGGAGAGGGGGGAGUCUAUAGAUGCUGGGCUGAUAUACGGUUUAAUCAACGGUGUAAGAGGUAUCGGGUAUCUAGUUGGAGGUGCAGCGAGUGUAUGGCUAAUCAACGCUGGUACGAUUUCUGACUGCCAACACUUUGGGUAUGGUAGUAGUUAUGGGCCGCUUAUUCUCUUUACUGGUCUUGUUUCUCUUGCUGGAGGCUGGGUUGUAAUAUGGAGCUGGUGGCCUGAGUCGUGGACCUUUGGACGGCGUAAUUGAGAAGCCAUGGCGCGUCAUAGACAGACCUCACUCAUACAUAUUUACAUAAAACACGAUUGAGUAUGUGAAAUGGCUUGACGAGAAGGAUCCUGUUUUACUUGAUCCCCUGUU